UCUGACCAGGCUAUUUCAGAUCCAUUAAGGGAGUAGUAGGGCUCUGAAGGAAAGAUGGCCAUUAGAUCCUGUUGUGAUUAGUUCUUAGAGACUGUCUACCAGUUGACGUUUUUAGAGGAUGGUGAAGGGCUGAGUCCAAAGAACUAGUUGAAAACUCAUCUUUAGCCUGAAGCAGAGAGAGAGAGAGAACUUGGGUAGAUUUGUAAUGGCUAUCCAAGGGCCGACCCUGAAGACAGAUUAGAUCAAACUUGCCUUGCUUGGCCUUGGAGCUGAGGCAGGAGCAGUUGUGGUAGAAGUGACAGGGAAGUAUAGCCUAUAAUAAAUAAAACUUGCUGAAAGUUAGAUUUACUCCCAAGUGUAGUAGGCUGCCCUCAUUGGAGGUGUGCGGACAGACCAAAUCACUGGUUGGACCUACAGUCUACAGGCUGUAUUGGAUGGCUCUGAGGUUCAGUGAAUUCGAAGGCAGCCUUACUUUGCUAGUUAUGAUGGACUGCUCAAGGAUUUCUGCUUGUUUUCAUCUGACUAUAUCUGUAUUUAGUUGUGGGUUUAGCUUGAGAUAGGACAUUGAUAAGAUGGAAAGCAACUGUGCUGGGAGAGGAUCAGUUGAAGGAAUCGAUUGUUUCAUCUGGAGAAGAGGAUCGAUCAGGUUGGGUGGAGAGAGAUGAUACCUGUUGUGAAGUAUUGUCAUAUAAAAAAGAAAUUGAAUUCUUUAACCUCAGAGGGCAAAAGCAGUAGCAAAGCAUGGAAAGUGGAAAUAGGACUUUUAACAGUUAUGGUUAUCCAUAAAUGGAAUGAUUUGUUUUGGUAGGUAGUGAGUUCUUCUACAUAGAAGGUCUUCAUGCACAAGUUAGAAUGACCAUUUGCAAAGUGUUAAAUUGAAAAUUCUCUUUCAGUUAUGGAUUGGACUAGGUAAUUACUGUGGUUUCUAAUUCUAAAAUUAUAUAAUUUGGGGAUUCUGUUCUCUGUGAGGAGAUAAAAUAACACAAGAGGAGAAGGUUGUUUAUUUGUCUCAGAAAUUAUGUGAAAUAAAGGAGUCGUAUUCAUUUCUUAGUGUGGGAACAGACUCUGAACACCCUCCACUCCCUUUCCUUGCCUAGCCCUUCAUCAGCAACACAGAACAUACUAAGCAUGAAUAGUUCCCCCUAAACCUGACAUGACUCACUUAAUCUCUCUAGUUGGUCAUGCAACAUAACAUCAGGAUUGUAUCACUAAACUUCCAGGGAAUUCAGGCAACUGGAUCCAGUGGCAUUUGUGGUCUGAUUUAAAGGCAUUAGGUGAAAAACAGGAGAUCAGGGUUCUGAUCUUCACUCUGCAAUUCAUUGAAAGAAAGCGUGGCUGGGUGGACUGAGGUUCAGAGAAUGGAGGGGACUUGCCCAAAUUACACAUCAGGUUCUAGAUUAGAGGUUUCCACCCCAUGCCUCUUGCUACUCAGAGAAACAAAAACUUGAAUAGCCGCACAUUCUGACCAAGAGAAAAUUAAAAAUACAGAUCUAGAAACACAGUGAAUUCUGGAUCUCUUCUUUGUUUCUACAAUCAUAUAAAAUCAUUGUGAACUCAAAAAGAGUAAGAAACUUGAAUAUGAGAAGGCAAUGAUUGGGGAAGUGAAAUGAGUAGGAAUUGUUAGGUCAUAAGUCAGGAAGGGUGCAAGGAACCUGAGGAAAAGAGAGAAGAGGAACAGGGAAGGAACAGGUUUCUGACUAAAGACCUUCAUUGACAAUUUUUGUCUAUUUUAGGCUUCAGAAUCAUAGAGUUUAGAGUAGGAAGGGUUGAGGUGUGCUUUAAGAUCAUUUCCUCCAAUUCCUUCAAUUUAUAAUUGAGAAAAGUGAGGUCUAGAUAAGUAGUGACUUUUUUUUCCAAGGUCACGCACAAUCUAAGUAGCAUGAGAAUAUCUGAUGCAGUGACUUCACACUAAACUGGGCUGCCUUUUCAGGUCUAAUAGGUCUAAUUAAGUAGUGGGAAAGUAGGUGGAAUUUUGAACUUGGAAAUUAGGAGAAUUGGGAUUUCUUUUUUCUUUGUUUUGGCAACAGUGUCUUUCAGGUUAGGCAAAUUUUAUCAAUGGGAGUAAAAAUAACUGGGUGUGAAUUGGUGGUAGUUUUUAUAGAUUUUAUAAAUUUAAUAGUUUUUUCCAGAUAAGCCAUCAGUUAAAAAUAACUUCCAGGGGAUUGGAAGAAGGAUUGGAGGAAACUGCCACAAAAAGGGAGGGAAGAGGGAAGAGACAAAGUAGAGGGGGAAAGAACAGUUGAUAUGAGGGUUUAAAUAAAUCAUAAAAGAAGCGAUCACCUUUUACCCAAACUAAACAAAUUCUGCCAUAGCUUUCAUUCUUCCUGUGACCCAGGAGUCUGAGUGUAUCUUGGUAGAUGCCCAUCAUGGUAUCUUCUUCCUUAGGUAUAGGACAGAAUGAGAAAACUCUUAUUCUUUCCUCUCCACCUGCCUUCCCCUCUUGUUCCCUCCCACCCUCAGUCCUCCAUUCCACAGAGGUAAAAUAAUAAUAAUUGCUGUUCCUUUUUUUUUUUUUUUAAACUUUUUCUUCCCUGAUUUUAGAGAUGCCUUGGCAGCGGGACCCAGCUUCUCUCUGGCUGGUGCCCUGUGCCACUGCCCUCUGGCCCUGUCUAUCGAAUAUGCAGUCCAGGCUUAGAGCUGCCUCUGUACACUGUGCUUUGUGGAUGACAUGAACCUGGGAGGGAUAGUUACUAUGAUGGAAGAUGGAAUCAAGAGUCCAAAAGAUCGCCAUAGGCUGGAACAAUGGCCCACAGAUGAGAAGAUGGCAUUUAGAUUUGCAUUUAAGGGGCAAAGUGUUACUCUUCUGGAAGCAGGAAAAGUUUCCUUUCUGGCUUGAUAGAAAAUAUCAAACAAGAAUUAGCAAAAAACAAGGAAAUGAAAGAAAGUAUAAAAAAAUUCAGAGAUGAAGCUAAAAAGUUAGAAGAAUCAGAUGCACUUCAGGAAGCAAGAAGGAAAUAUAAAACCAUUGAGUCUGAAACAGUCAAAACAUCUGAAGUAAUUAGGAAAAAAAUAGGAGCAUUCACUGGGACAGUGAAAGAGAGUUUGGAUGAAGUAAGUAAAAGCGAUCUUGGCCGAAAAAUUUUAGAAGGCAUGGAAGAAGCAGCCAAAACAGCCAAACAGUCUGCAGAGUCAGUGACCCGAGGUGGGGAGAAGCUGGGCAAAACAGCUGCCUUCAAAGCCAUUUCUCAGGGAGUUGAAAGUGUGAAGAAGGAACUAGAUCAAAGUGUCCUAGGACAGACAGGUCCCUAUCGAAGACCAGAGCGACUGCGAAAACGGACUGAAUUAUCUGGAGUGAAAAUCAAAGAGGAUAAAGUAUUUGAACCCAAUGAGGAAGCAAUGGGAGUUGUGCUGCACAAGGAUUCAAAAUGGUAUCAACAGUGGAAAGAUUUCAAGGACAACAAUGUCGUCUUUAAUAGAUUCUUUGAGAUGAAGAUGAAAUAUGAUGAAAGUGAUAAUACCUUCAUCCGGUUAUCUCGAGCAGUGACAGACAAGAUGACUGAUUUAAUAGGUGGCCUGUUCUCAAAGACAGAGAUGUCUGAAGUUCUGACUGAAAUCCUCAAAGUGGAUCCAACUUUUGACAAAGAUAAGUUUCUGCAGCAAUGUGAACGUGACAUCAUCCCCAAUGUCCUGGAGGCGAUGAUAAGUGGAGAGCUGGAUAUCCUCAAAGACUGGUGCUAUGAAGCAACAUACAAUCAAGUGGCUCAUCCCAUCCACCAAGCGAAGUCCAUGGGCCUGCAGUUCCAUUCUAGGAUUCUAGACAUCAGCAAUGUUGAUUUGGCGAUGGGAAAGAUGAUGGAGCAGGGACCGGUACUAAUCAUCACAUUCCAGGCACAGCUGGUGAUGGUGAUCAGGAACCCCCAUGGAGAAGUGGUAGAAGGAGACCCGGAUAAAGUAUUGCGUAUGCUGUACGUUUGGGCCCUGUGUAGAGACCAGACUGAGCUGAACCCCUAUGCAGCCUGGAGGCUGCUGGACAUCUCUGCCUCAAGCACAGAGCAGAUUCUCUGAAGACAAAUGUUGGGGACCUGCUGGACUGUGCUCUAUUGUUCUCCCAGCAAGGGCCCCACCGCUGUCAGAAGCUUCAGGAUGCAAGAUCAUUUGGCUCCUGCAGGGCACUUUGUGACCCUUCGCUUUCCAGGAGCCAGUGUGAAAUGAGGGGAGGGAGGGUGCUGAGUGAGAUAAGGACAUGAAAAAUUUCCCUUCGGGGAAUACAGUUGGCUAGGGGAGGGCUGGUGUUGGGGACAUGGUAGCUAUGAGCAGAGGCACUCAUGGGACCCCAAGUUUAUAAGGUUAAGAUUGUCACAGAAGAUCACCCCUCUUUUCCCCCCAAGAAGCUUAAGGCCUGAUGCGCCAUUCUCUCCCUCUUCCUUGCAUUGGGCCCAAUAGAUGGAUCCAGAGCAUCUCUGCCUUGGCCUUCUCCCCCUAGCCUCCUCUCUCCCUCCCAGCAACAAGCUGGGUUAGUACUGGGUUAGUGCUUGGUUAGUGCUGAGAAAAGCCAAAUUUAGGUGCCAAAAGUCCUGCAGAGGCCAUGGGGCUGAGCAGAAAGCUAAAGUGAACUGAGGUCCCUGAGCACAGCUUGCUUGAGCAGCGGGCAGGGUGGGAGGGGAGAGUAAAGCACAAGACCUUGUGAGGAGGGAGCGGGGAGCAGCUGCAGCUCGCCUUUGGCGGGCGUAGAGGGGAAGAGGAUUAGAAAGGAAAGACUUAGCACCCCACUACCUGCACACAACUUCCCUGGGACCUGGCAGCCUGUCUUGGAGGGGCCUUGAGGGACAGAGCCUGGUGCUGGCUUCUCUCCUCCUGCCUCUUCUCUGGUAGGAGGGCUGCACUUCCUCCAGGUGCCUCCAUCUCUGGCAUCAGAUCAGCCAAGUCAUUCUAGAGCCUUCUUAAAAAUAAAACCUGAAUGUCUUUCAUUUCUGUACAUAUUGCCUGAAGAUUUGACAAUAAAAUACUAAAAUGAAUAGCAAA